UCUAGUUUCCAGCCCUCACCGGUUUUGUAAAUUUACGGUCUUGCACGUGGGUCAAUCGCGAUGAUCCAGUUGUACGGCUGCGCUGGCAUGUAAAACGUUUUUUGAGCAAACAAAUACAAUCCGGCAAACAUGGCCAAAGGUGGACGAAAGAAUAAGGAAAAGAGGAAGGAUUUUCAGAAAGUCAAGUUCAAGGUCGGCAAGAAGAAACCGCAAGCCGACAACUUCACUGUCACCACCUUCAAGUCCCAGGCCAUCCAGAUCCGUGAGCAGCUUAAAUCGGGACCAGUAGACGCUGACGAACCGACAACACUGAAGAAAAAGAAUAUCCAUGAUCUUCUGUGCCACCUGAAUCACUACAAUGUGUCGAUUCGUCAGUCUUCCAUUGCUGGUAUGAAGGAGCUCCUGUCUGCUCAUCCGUCGCUGAUAUCUCAGCAUCUAGCAAUCCUGAUUGACAGCUUGUCUAUCCUGAUGACGGAUAAGGAAGAUGCAGUACGAAAAGCAGGGAUAUCUCUUCUGCAGCUAGUUCUCCAGGCCACCCCGGCGGACCGCGUUGGGCCGUUCUUCCCCGUUCUAAGCGCCCACCUGACUUGCGCCAUGACCCACCUCCAAGAGGACAUCCAGUUGGACUCUCUGGCCAUCCUGGACCUAAUGCUGGCCUCCUACCCCCGCUUGCUGACCGGCCGGAGCCAGGAGCUACUGACCGUCUUCGUCCAGCUGAUCUCGCGCCAGCGGAAGCAGUCGGUCGGCUGGACCGAGGGCGAGUUGGACGGUGGGGAGCUGGCGAUCAAGCCUGGCAGCAGGAUCUCCAGCCACAAGUGGAGACAGAAGGUCCUGCAAAGGCUGAGGCAGUUCCUCACAGCGUUACUUGAGGAAUAUUUCAUUAAGCACUCUCGUCAAGCUGACAGCGCAGCUGAAAGUGACAACUACACAGUCAAAAUACAAGAACACAAAGAGACAAAUGCACCAAUAUUUGCCCCAGGAUCCCACGCCCAUGGAUACAGAGACGAGUUCAUUUUGAGUUUGACAUCAUCGUCGUCAUCAUCAACUUCAUGUCAAGAUUUCAGCGAGCCAGACAACCUUCUUGGGUUUGUGCGUUCGUUGGUGCCCUUGCUACUCCAGUGCUGGAUGGAGGUCGCCCCCAAAUCGCAGGGUCAUUCCCAGGCUCAUUUGCAUAGUGUUGCCGUGGAGAUACUGGACGGCGUGCUGUCGGUGAUCUUGUUGCUAUGGCGAUGGAUGCAGAGCGUGUGCGAGGAGAAGUGCAACUUCAGCUGUAUGACGCAGCUCCAGAAAUUGUACCACAAGAAAUUUGUAAGCCACCUCCUUCCCUGCUUCCCCUACACAUCCCACGAUGCCCCCGCCAGAGCAAAGCGUUCUGGGAAGGCGACACCCAUGACUGUGGUGAACCUCAACCUGUCCGCCUGUGAGAUCAUGUCGUAUUUCAUGAGCAGGGGUGACAUUUCGGUCCCAUGGCUGCGACGCAUCAUGGCGUACGUGCUCGAGACGUGCGUCGAGGGCGGAAGCCUGUCGUCUGGGCAUGUGCAGAGCUUGUUGGGCGUCGUGCGGCGAUUGGUCAAAGUGCUGCCUAGCGAAGAGAGCGUAAGCGAUAUUCUGCAGGCUGUGUUUUCAUUGUACGAGAGUUGCCACGUCCUGUCGGCACACAGACAGGCAGCAAUGCAGUGCCUGGACGAGUUGUUGACGACCCACGGAACAAAACAUCCUUCCUCACGGUCCGUUGACAGUCUUUUCAUUCAGAGUCUUCCAGAACUGAUCAGGACGUUAGGUUCGGUUUCCUCCAAAGCCUUACAGAUACUUCUACGCCGAGCAGCGCAGCGUCAAGCCGAAGCACUGACUUGUAUACAGAAGCACUUGAAAUCAUUCGUAGACCCAGAGAGUGGUGUUUUAUUGAAGCUUUCUGCAGACCUGCAAGUUCACAUCAUCCACUUGAUUCACCACGCCGACCCCCUCGACCUGGACACCCUGAGGUCGUUGGCCACGUGUUGCCAUGACAACCGCAUGAGCGCAGAGAAUGUGGCAUAUCUCGUAAACAUUUUGUCCACAAGACUUCUAGAAGUUGGCGUCUCACCUUAUGUUGACCGCAAGUUGCCCUUCAACUCGGCCGACUUCAUCAGUUUCCUGUUCUCUGUUUCAAUUGGUUCCACUCAGUUUGAGCUUGCAAGUUCAGACGGCCAAGAUAGUACGUCCCAGGAUGUAGGAAAACCUAGACCGUUGCCAAGCAACCUGACAUCCGUCUCCAUAGCAACCAAAGCAGGCAGACCAUGGCAGCAUCACUCGGCUAUUGUCAAGAGUGUUUGUUUGGGCUACAGUCUUAUCUCCAGUAAGCAGCAGAUGUGGGAUCUUGUGCAGACGCUUGUCAUUAAAUUGUUGAAUUCCCAGAAAACCAUUACGUGUUACACAGCGUACGCCGUACUACAUGCAGCCAACUAUCUCACAACAGGCAAGACUUACUGGAGAAAAGAGGCACUCAACAAACUAACAGACUGUUGCUUAGCAACACUGUACAAGGUGGUAUCAGAUGAUGUCAUGGGAAUCGGCAGCUCUGAUUGGUCGGAGGCCAUUUGGGAAGAGGCUGUGGAUAUGUUGGUGGCAUCCAAGCCAGUUCUGAUGGAGAUGAUGCAGCGAAUACAUGCAUAUGUUACGGAUUUGACUGACCCUGAACAUGUCCAUCAUGUUGCUAUGGUGAUAGUAAGACUACUGCAGACACAGAGAUUAUCUGCUAUCCUGGCACAGAUUACGGACAGUGCCAUGCAGGCUGUAAACAGCAUCAUGAAUCAUCACCUGGCAACAGAAGGAAGUCGCUGGGUGGCCGAGCUGCAGUACGAGUCAAGCGUGGUUCUGAACGUUAAAUUGCAAAGAUGACAAUAGGCACUUCCCGGGAUCCCCCAUCCCCCACCCCCAUGUCCUACACCCUGUCCCCUCCCCCAGCAAUGUUGAAAUCUAACUAGACAUUUUUAUGUUCUUCAGAAGAAAUAAAGACAAAUUUGGUCAACAGUUUGUUUAAUCUGAUGACUGUACACAUAGUGUAGUUUUAUUGGGUUUCUUGAACUCAACAUUUAUGAUUUACUUAGCCAUUAAAAACAAAAAAUGAGACUUACGGGUGUGAAAAAGAAUAAGGGAGAUGAUACGAAAAGGAUUUCUGGUCAAGUUAAAAUAUGGUAAGGCCAGGUACAAAAAACCCAAAAAAAACAGUUGAUCGAUUGGGAUUUUCAAAAAGAGGAGGAUGAGGGCCUUUUUAUUUAAAUUUUUUUUUCAAAGAUGGCCGCCAAUUAUUUCAAUUCAAAAUGGCCGUCAACAUCAGUUUAAAAUGACCGCCAGCUUUUAAUUAGCUAUCCUAAUAGUUCUAUGUAUUUUAUUAAAGCAAAAUACAAGAAAAAGUUAGCAUUUUGAUGCGAGGAAAAAAAAAUACAAAAAUAAAAAGAUGCGGCUUCAAAAAAAGGAUGCAGGCGGGGACGAUCAACUGGUUUUUUUUUUACUUGGCCUAAUUUUAUGAGUUACCUGAUGAAUGUGUACACUGUUUUAUGAGCAUAUAUGAAGGGCAUGAAAGCAUUAAAGCAUUUUACAGUACAGCGUUUUAGUAAUUAGCCAGCCUUUUU